AGAAGUCGACGUGUGACUGUGCAGCUUGCUUUUUAUUAUCAUCGCGUGUUAUAGUUGUGUGUGUGUGUGUGUGUGUGUAUGUGUGUUAAGUGUCUGCGUUUAAAUUUAAUGUUAAAAUCGAAUGUGUCUUAAGUAGCGCAUUAAAUUCAAGUCUCUGACUCUGACUCUGACUCUGGAAAAUCGCUAGUUAUAUAAAGUUGCAAUUGCGCUGUGCGUGUUCUGACUAAAUUAAAUACAAAAUGAGCAGCGAAAGGGAUGAGGAGUACAGCAAAUUUGUGCCACAGAAGAUGUCGUAUCAUGUGGUGCCCGGUGCGGAGUUUCAGUGCAAGUUGCCCAUGUCCAUGUCCAUGAUAUCCAUGCCGAAGUCACGCAAAUUGUCGACCAUCGAUGAGCAGGACUACGACAAGGCCAAUCGCAGGGGCAUGAUUAAUCAGAUUUUGGCCACUUGUGCGGUGCUUUUGCUUUCCGCUGGCUGUGGCAUGCCCAUUGGCUUCUCUGCGGUGCUGUUGCCGCAGCUCAGCUCGAACUCCACGGAGGUGCCCAUAGAUGUUAAUACCGGUUCUUGGAUAGCGAGCGUACAUAGUCUGGCCACACCGUUUGGUUCUCUAAUCUCUGGACCGCUGGCCGAUUAUUUGGGCCGUCGCAAAACGCUGCUAGUAUCGGUAAUACCCCUAUUCCUGGGCUGGAGCACAAUGGCGAUGUCAAACUCUGUGAAGGCAUUGAUAUUUGCGCGUUUCCUGUGCGGCUUUGCUACAGGCAUUUUGGGAGGACCUGGUCAGGUCUACAUAGCGGAAACAGCUGAGCCGAAUCUGCGUAGCCUGUUAAUUGGAGCUCCAUAUGUUGCCUAUUCGAGUGGCAUACUGCUCGUCUAUUCGCUGGGCACGGUUCUCUAUUGGCGCAGUGUGGCCUGGUGUGCCAAUAUAUUGCCCGCCUUGGCUGUAAUCUCCAUCUUUUUCAUACCGGAAACGCCCGCCUGGCUGCUACGCAAUCGGAAGGAGAAGCGAGCACUGCAGGCGUUGACAUCUCUUCGGGGUAGCGAGAUUAGCGCGCAGAAGGAGCUGAACGAUAUGAAGCAGCGCUUGGAGAAGGAACGCGCCACCACCAAGACGAAUGAGAACAUUUUCAAGCUAUGCUGUGAGCGGGUGGCCAUAAAGCCGCUCUUCAUUGUGAUCGUCUUCUCGCUGCUGCAAAUGUUCUCCGGCACGUUUAUUGUGAUCUUCUAUGCGAUCGAUAUUGUGUCCGAGUUCGGGGCAGAUUUUGAUACCAAACAGGCGGCCAUUUGGACGGCGGCCGUGCGUGUGCUCUGCUGCAUGAUCUUCUGUGGCAUAUUGAUCUUUGUGCGUCGGCGUCUCAUCAUGAUUCUCUCGGGCAUUGGCUCGGGCGUGUUCUGUCUGGCGCUGAGCGUGUUUAUGUAUAUGCGCAUGGGCCAGCCCAGGAUGCCCUACGAUGUGCUUGUGGCGGGCGGCUGUCUACUCGGCUAUAUAGUCUUCAAUACGGCGCUAAUGGUGAUGCCGGGCAUUAUGAUCGGUGAGCUGUUCCCGGCGCGCAUACGAGGACGCACAGCUGGCGGUGUAUUUGCCUCGAUGAAUGUGGCGCUUUUCAUAUUUGCCAAGGCUUUUCCGGCGCUGCAAUCGGCGCUGAAAAUGCGUGGUGUUUUUCUGGUUUUUGCCGGCUCCAGUUUCCUGCUGACGAUAUUCAUGUGUCUGUUCCAGCCGGAGACGAAGGGUCGCAGUCUGGAGCACAUCGAGGACUACUUCAAUGGUGACAAUUGGCUGUGGCUGCGACGUGAUCGUGGCUACAAGACGGUCAAGUUGUUGCCACUGCAGCCGCUUGUUGAGAAUCGUGCUAACGUGCCGCGCAGUGCAGAGCAUGCCUAGGCAUUGCUAGGGUGGGGAUUUACAUGUAUUUACUUUUUAAUACAGGGCUCUUCAAAUUCCUUAUUUUGUUAUUUAGUAUUAUGUGUAGCUCCUAAUGCGCUGGAGUACCUCGUAGCAUUAAUCAUAGCGUCUUUACAGUGUUCCUUAGCAAUUACUAUGCAUUACCAAAAAAGAAAAGUUUUCUAAAAAUGAAACAAAAUGUUGACACUCAAUUUAAUUAAAUUUAAUACAAUGUGAUUUUUGCAAUUACGCAUUAACUUUUUAUAGUCUCGAUAUAGAAAACUUAUGCUAUAUUUUUACAACUAUAUGAUUAGAA